GUCCAUCUGAGAUGUAAAAUGCGCCAGAAACUUUCGCUUUGCGCAUACGACAACAUCCAUGUCCUCCUUCUUCACGCUGCCAGCGUCGGCAAGGAAGCGAAAGAGGACAGAGGCCUCAAAACACACGGCACAGAAGCGGACUGUCUCCGGGCCAAGAAAAGAGGACCGAGACGAAUCGAUCAGUGGCAGCGAUGUUUCCGACAACGAUGCUCUCGUUGCACGUAAUGAGGGUUACGAGAGCUCUACCGUCGAAGACGAAGAGUUUAGAGAUGAGGACCCGGCAGCGAAGCGGAUCCGCUUGGCCGAGCAGUAUCUAGCCGACACGCAGAAGGAAGUACUCGAUGUUGGCUUCGAUGCUGCAGAGGUUGACAAGGAGAACUUGCGCAGACGCAUGGGCGAGCGGCUGAAGGAAGACACGGCUGAGAGCAAAGGCAGGCUGUAUAGGUGGGUCGCACAAGAUCUGGACUGGAAACGUGCGCAGCAAAGUGUGACCAGGUCGGACGGCAAAAGUGUAACUGGCAUUGUCUUGCAAGGACGCUACGUCUAUACAGUGAGCAAAGACAUGGCUCUGUCGAAAUGGGAGCUACCGUCACAUGAGGCGUCAACGAACGACGGGAAGCAACUUGGCAGAGUCCGUACGAAGCCUAAACGGGUGGCGUACAGACGAGGCGACAGGUGGAAAAAAAGUGAUCGAGAUUACGUUGGCCAUGUGGGCUCGAUAAUGUGCGUGGCAGUGUCGCAGGAUGGCAAGUUUGUCACAACGGGUGGCGUGGACAGACGUAUCGUUGUUUGGGAAGCUGCGACCUUGAAGCCAGUCAAGGUGUUCGCACAGCACAGAGACACGGUUACCAGCUUAGCCUUCCGCCGCGGGACUAACCAGCUGUUCAGCGCAAGCAGAGAUCGCACAGUCAAGAUUUGGUCGCUUGACGAGCUGGCCUACGUCGAGACGCUGUUCGGUCACCAAGAUGAAGUCGUCGAUGUGGGUGCGCUCGCACAGGAGAAGUGUGUCACGGUCGGUGCGCGGGACAGGACAGUUCGUUUGUGGAAGGUGGUGGAGGAGUCACAGCUCGUGUUCCGCGGUGGCGGCGCACCAAGCAAGAGCAAAGCCGAUCGAGCUUUGAAAGAUGACCAGGACAGUGGCAUAGACAUGUCUGAGCAGAAGGCGUACAACGAAGGCUCCAUUGACCGCGUAACAUGCGUUGACGAUGAGACAUGGGUUACUGGCUCUGAUAACGGCUCGUUGUCGCUCUGGAGUGUCAACAAGAAGAAGCCCGUCUUCAUCGUACCGCUUGCUCAUGGGCUCGAGCCCCCGUUACCGCUGAGUGAGCUCUCUGCUGAGCAGGACCCUGACGAGACCGCUCAGACCGAGCCACAACCGCGUUGGAUCACGGCGUUGUGCGCCAUACCUUACUCCGACGUCAUUCUGUCCGGCAGCUGGGAUGGCUUCGUGCGAGCUUGGCGCAUCACACAGGACAAGCGGCGAAUCGAGUCACUUGGGGUAAUUGGCUUUACAGAUCAUGCCGCGCCCGAGCAGUACCAUGCUAUGGAUGGGCUGGAGCAAUCACAGUCGUACACUCGAAGUAAAAUAAUCGUUGGCGUGAUCAAUGAUCUGGCCAUCAUCGACCGUGGCGAAAGAGCCAAAGACGGCGUCUACGUCGCGGCUGCCGUGGGCAAGGAGCACCGCCUAGGCCGCUGGAGCGAGCUUCCUGAAGCGAAGAACAGCAUGAUACUAUUCGAAGUCUCGAGAGCCCUCACAAACCGCCCUGAUGGAGGAGCCAUGCAGGAUAUGGCUCAAAGGGGCCGGGAAUCACCCGCAUGAUCGAGCUGACUGCCCGGGCUGUGAUUGAAGCAACGCCGCCCAGAUCAGAGCCUAUUGCACAUGUAGUUGUACAAAACCUUCGCUACAUCAAUUAG